UGCGGUAUUUUCCCCUCUCGCGAAAGUCCUUAUAAAAAGUUUCACAUUUAGGAAUGUUUUGUGUUUAUGUACAAUAAUCGAUUUAGUUUAAUUGUUACCUUAUCUUGUUAUCAAUUAUUAUCAGUAAAGAGAAAGUGAAAAAAAUCAGUUAAAUGAUUUAAAGAAAUUAUAAAAAAGAAUGAAAUUUGAAUGUUGAUAAUUUGAGGUUAGAAUUAAAGAAUAUAAUUAGGAUUAAUUGUUAAGAAAAUAUGGUGAAUAAUGUAGAAGCAGAAUGUUCAUUUACCAAAUGGUAUCCAAUUUUUUCAAAAGAUUCUUUAGAAGCAAUUAUUCUUCCUUUGCCUCCUGAAAUUUUGAAAUAUUUAGAACAUGAUACAUUUGUUCUUCCAAUAGAAGCAACAACGAGUAUUAAAUGUAAUACAGAAUGGUCUGAUGGUUCAUUAGUCACUGAAGACAUUUCAGAGGAUCCUGAGAGUAUACCACCAAAUUUUCCGGAAUUCAGUCAAAAAAUUCAACAAGCUAUUGAUGAAUUUGAAGCUGUUUUUAUUAAAUCUAACUGGAGUACACCUAGUGAUGCCACGUGGGUUGCACCUACAAAAACAUUAAAGUGUACUUCUCUAGAAGAUGUUUAUUUGCUACUUAAAAGUUCUGAUAGAAUAUCGAAAGAUUUAAGUAAAGUAAAAAAUUGUACUGAUAAUAAAAAUUCUCUCAACUUUUGUUUAGUACUAAAAAAAUGGAGAGAAAUUAAUCCUUGUACUGAAUUUCGUUGUUUUGUAAUUAACGGUGAAUUAGUUGGAAUAUGCCAAAGAGAUGUUUCACAAUACUACAAACACAUAGAAUAUGAAAAGUAUAAUAUUCAAAAAGAUAUCACAACUUUAUUUAAUGAGCGCAUCAAGGAUAGAUUUAAAUUACAAAAUUAUUCAUUUGAUGUUAUACGUUACAAAAAGGAUAAAGUAAAAAUAAUUGAUUUUGGUCCAAUGAAUGAAACAGUGACAAAUGAAACUUUAUUUACGUAUCAGGAAUUGUUAAAUGAAAUAGAAAUUACACCCGAAUUUAGAUUUAUCGCCGAAGAAGUUGGUGUUCAACCGAAAAAAAUUCAACAUGUCUGUGUACCUCAGGAAAUAAAUGAUUUUUUUCAAUCAAGAGGAGAAAUGUCAAUAAUAGAUACUCUUAGAGCGGAAGUUGAAACUCAACGCAUAGCUGAUGAGGAAGAAUCUAGUGAAAAUAGAUAAAAAAAAAAAUAAUAAUCUUAAGGUAUUUUACAUUUUUCUCCGUAAAUAUUUUUCCACUUUACAAUUAAAUAUAAUAAAUUAAAAAUCAAAGUGUCAUUAUUUUAAAAAGGGAAUUUAAAAUAAAAGAACGAGAAUUAUAUUGAGCA